AUGGCUCCAUUUGAGCUCGCUGUCUGCGGGACUAUGGUUCUACUAAUAAUUUCUGUCUUCAAGUACGCUCUCGCAAGCCAACGACCGAAGGACUUCCCUCCAGGUCCACCAUGCCUUCCUAUCAUUGGCAAUCUCCAUCAGAUACCACUCCGUAAAGGAUUUCUACGGUGGCAGGAAUGGGGUAAGGAAUAUGGCAACAUCAUCGGCUUCAAGUUGGGUCCUAAGAAUGCCGUCGUCCUCAACAGCUACCGCCAUGUGAAAGAGCUCUUCGACAAACGCGGUGCCAAAUACUCCAGUCGACCCGAAAGCUACGUCAACGGGGAACUGCUAUGUCCAAAUGAAAUCCACAUCCUGUUCGCAUCAUACGGCCCAAAGUGGCGAGCUUUGCGCAAAGCCGUACAAAUGUUCCUCAACGCGAAGGCUGUCGAUGCGCUGCAUCCCCUGCAAGUAGCCGAGUCUACACAAACAAUGUGCGACCUGCUUGACGAGCCUUCAAACUAUUACGACCACAUCCGGCGCUAUUCGACUGCAGUCAUUCUCGCGUCUGUCUUUGGUCAGCGAGGAGCAAGUUUCCAGUCACCCAAAGUUCAGGCUUUGUACCGUGUGGAAGACCGAUUUACGGUAAUUCUCGAGCCAGGCGCAACUCCUCCGGUAGAUGCCUUUGGGUUCUUGAAGUAUAUUCCGGAAUUUCUUAGUCCAUGGAAGAUUGAGGCGAGGGAGAUUAGAAAAGAACAAAGUUUGCUUUAUCAUACUCUGCUGAAUGAAACAAAAGAUCGCAUUCAGAGGAAGAUCUCGCCACCUUGUUUUAUGCAGAAGGUCAUUGAAGAUCAGGAGAAGAAUAAUUUCACCCCUGAGCAGAUGGCCUACCUGGGAGGGAUAACGAUGGAGGCUGGAUCAGAUACCACAUCGUCUACUUUGCUGGCAUUCGUGCUUGCCAUGGCGCAACAUCCAGAAAUUCUGAAGCAAGCACAAAAAGAGGUAGAUCGUGUUUGCGGCAUCGAUCGCUCUCCAAACUUCGAUGAUAUCGAGAAGCUAGAAUACACUCUGCGAUGGCGUCCAAUUGCACCUGGUGGCAUCCCUCACAUGUUGACAGAAGAUGACAGCUAUGAGGGCUACUUCAUCCCCAAAGGAACUAUAGUGUUUUAUAAUGCAUGGGCCAUUCACAUGGACGAAGGCGAAUACGAUUCACCCGAGAAGUUUGAACCGGCUCGCUGGCUUAACAACAAGUUCGGUUGUAAGUCGACGGCAGAUAUCGAUGACGAUCACCGCAGAACUACGUAUUCUUUUGGUGCUGGAAGGCGUGUCUGCUCUGGUCAGAGGUUGGCUCAAAACUCAUUGAUGCUUAAUAUGGCAAAAAUGGUUUGGCUUUUCGAUAUCCGACCUGACAGCUUGGAAAGCCUUGACAUGGAUAUAGGCUCUGGUUUCACAGAUGGGAUUAUUGUUGCGCCUAAAAAGGUCCCUAUCCAAUUUGUUCCCCGGUCCAAUCAGCAUGCCAGAAUUAUCCGAGAUGAGCUUCAGGGAUCUCAAGAUCUUUUUGCGACUUACGAAUGA